CCAAAUUUUAUGUCUAAGAAUACGUGUAGGUACAAAAAUUGGUUUUAAUCGUUUCAACCGUUUAGUCGGAAAUGAGAGUACAGACUGACCGACCGACAGACCGAUCGACAUCAUCGAAAUUUUGUUUGAUUCGGAUUCCUGGUGCUUCAACACGUGUAUUUCCGUGAAAAAAGUGGGAAGUUCUUUUUUAUUUCCCUUACUUACAUGCGGGUGAUAAAAAUGGAUAACUACUACUUCAAUUAAUGUUUCAGGUUUUUGUGAUAUUCGCAACUUAAAGCGUUUCUUUCUUUUAUAGUUUUACGGGUAGGUACAUUUCAAAAUGUAUGUAGUAAAAUAAAAAUAGACUAAUAUCUUUGUUAUUUAUAUCUUGCAAAAACAAUAGAAGAUGAAAUGAGAGGCGUCCAGUUAAAACAACGCACCUGAAGCACUGUAAUAGUAUUUGUCAACAUUAAUAAUGGCAUCACCAAGCAAAGAUGUCAGAUUAUAUGCUUCAUCUGCAAUAAGGAUCUGGAAGAAGUUAAAAAUGUUUUCAUUUCAAGGGUCAAGGGACUCUAUGGGAAAGAAAUAUUGCUGAUUUUUUGGAAAUAAAGGAAAAGAAGACUCUCCUCUUUGAGAAUACUGAAGAAUGUCAAUUUUUACUCGAUGAAUUGAAAAGUCGCAGCAAGGGUGAAUCUCAGAUCGAUUCAAGAACAAUUAAAUCCCGAGGAGAAAUUGUGCAUUUUGCUUUUUAAAAACUUACUAACCAUCUUAGACGACAUAGCGGACCGUUUGUAAGGUAACCCCUCUUUUUUGUCUCUAUUCACUGGACUAGAAAGCAAAAGUAAAAUGACAAAAUAACAUACAGAGCCAAGGAAGAUCGGAAAGCAAUUCCUCACAUUGAAACAAGCAAAUCUUUUCCAGCUCCAUGCCACAAUCACACCUUAGCAUACACCUAAUAGUUUUCUACGAUAAAAAUGAUGACAUCUGGCUACAUUCGUAAUGUUGAUUCCGUCCUGCUGAUUCUGUACAUAGAAUCGCACCUCAUGUAGGGUAGUAAUAAUGUGUCAUUGCACUAUGACCUAAAACGUAAGAAAACAAGGAGGAAAAUAGAUACAUCAUGUGUCUACGUCUCUCUAUGUUACCAUCUGUAUAAUUUCAUCGCACAUAACUAAAAUUAAUUUACUCAUUUAUCCAACAACAUUGCUCGUAUACUCAGGUACCCUUUUUCUGUUACAGGCAUAAUAGACGCCCGUCACCAUCAUGCGGAUGCUCACUCUAGUAAUUACACUAUCCAUCUUUAUUGAUAAAUCAACAAGUUCCUCAUUCAACGAGGAUGGAUGGCGCUGGAUGUGGACGUGUGAUACACGUUCAGAAAAAUGCCGCAGAAAAUCCGAACCAGUCGCGCUUGGAAAAAAAGUGGAACUCAUCGAUACCUUCCAGUAUAAUUCAUUGGCGGUAUGUCGGUUGACUUGCGGAAAACUGGGGGCCUUAUGGCCCAAACCGAAAUACGCUUCUAUAACACCCCACCUUCAACCUUUCCAUCCGAAUGCGAUCCGUUUUCAAAUAUCCAACGCGCCGGAGAAGACUAGAGAAUUUCUACUGGACAACGUAAAGAUUUUUCGCGAAAAUGUCUUGGCCGAAUGCGGUCCGGAUUGUGCUGCAAUUGGAGACACGGACGUGCUGGUCUUCUUAUCCGCCAACUCGUCGAGUUUAUCCCAAAAUUGGCAUACGAACGAGUCUUACCAUUUAGAAAUCAGAACUAAAGGUACACAACUCGUCGUGGAAAUAUUAGCGGCUACAGUUUUUGGCGUAAGACACGGACUAGAGACGCUAUCCCAACUAAUCGCCUCGUACCCAAUUUACCGCAAGCUUCAAACGGCGCAACGUGGUCUAGUCAUUAUUACCACCGCCAGAAUUUACGAUGAGCCCGCUUUCCCUCAUCGUGGUUUACUGCUGGAUACCGCACGAAAUUACCUUCCCGUUGAGGCGAUGCAAAGGCAAAUCGAUGGAAUGGCCGCGUCUAAAUUAAACGUGUUGCACUGGCAUGCCACCGAUAGCCAAAGCUUUCCGCUGGACUUACCGCGUACACCCCAAAUGGCGAGAUACGGCGCCUAUUCACCUGAAAAAGUGUACCGACCGAAUGACAUUCGCCAUUUGGUACGGUACGCCAAAUUGCGUGGUGUACGAAUUAUACUCGAAAUGGACGCACCUUCGCAUGCCGGUAAUGGGUGGCAAUGGGGUGCCAAUGCCGGUUUGGGUGACUUAGCAGUAUGCGUUAACAAGAUGCCGUGGAGGUAUUACUGCAUACAACCGCCCUGUGGACAACUAAACCCAGUCAAUCGGAAUUUAUAUACCGUACUGUCGAAUAUAUACCAAGAUCUUCACGAACUGUUUGCUGAUAGUGGAGUUUUUCAUAUGGGUGGAGACGAGGUCCACUUGGGCUGCUGGAAUAGCACCGACGAAAUUGUCAACUACCUAACUCAAUACGGCCGAAAUCGAACCACCGAAGACUUUCUCCAGCUGUGGAGCGAGUACCAGGCGGACGCUUUGAAAUCUUACGACGCCGUGAUUGGUCAUAAAAGUACGCCGAUUAUGGUGUGGUCGAGCGCACUAACGGAGCCGAAUAUUAUUACGCGACAUUUGCCGAAGAGUAGGUACGUCAUUCAAACUUGGGUACCAUCGAUCGAUAUGCUGAACGACGAACUUCUCAACUUGGGGUACAAAAUAGUAGUGUCGACCAAGGACGCUUGGUACUUAGACCACGGUUUCUGGGGCGGAACGCAAUACCACGGCUGGCGUAAGGUUUACCAAAACCGCUUGCCGAAACAUGAAAAUGUUCUAGGAGGCGAAGUGUGCAUGUGGGGCGAGUUAGUGGACCAGCACAGUAUAGACAAUCGAAUCUGGCCAAGGGCAGCAGCGGCCGCUGAACGGCUUUGGUCAAAUCCUGAUAGUGGGACGGCCUCGGCAGAGCCGAGAUUUUAUAGACAUCGCGAGAGAUUGGUUGCAAGAGGUAUUGAACCGGAAGCACUGGCGCCUCUAUGGUGUUUGCAAAAUGAAGCAGAAUGCGCUUAGUUUAAUUGCAGACUGAUAGGGAAUAAGUGAGAUGAGACUGUAAUUCUAUAGGAAAUUAUACUUUUUGCAUUAAAUUAUGUAUGAGUA